CCGGCCACCACCGAGCGAGAGAGAGUCCGAAGUCUUCAGUCUAAACGAGUGAGCGGCGAGGCCGAAGCAGCUGUUUUUAAGCCAAAAGGCGGCACCCAAAAAGGAAGGAGAGAAAUCCACCCACGGAUUCCCCUCCCCUCCCCGCCUUCAAAACCCCCCCCUCUCCACCCCCACACCCCCCGGGCCCUUUCCCCCGGACUGGUACACAUUUUUGUGACAUUGUGAAUUGGUCAUGUUUCGCAAAAAGCAUAGCGCACAUGAUAAUCAGGAGGAUGGUACUAUGCGCCAAGAAGCAAAGAUCAAUGAGCUAAGAGUUGCUAUCGGACCCUUGUCUGGACGUAGCAUACAGUAUUGCACUGAUGCAUGCUUGAGGAGAUACUUGGAAGCUAGGAACUGGGAUGCUGAUAAGUCCAAAAAAAUGUUGGAAGAGACGCUUAAAUGGCGAUCGACUUACAAGCCGGAAGAAAUCCGCUGGGAUGAAAUUGCUAGUGAAGGUGAAACUGGUAAAGUGUACAGAGCAAAUUUCCAUGAUCGAGAAGGAAGAACUGUUCUGGUGAUGAAACCAGCAAAACAGAACACUGCAUCACAUGACAAUCAACUCCGGCAUCUGGUAUAUCUCUUAGAGAAUGCGAUUCUCAAUUUGCCUGAGGGUCAAGAGCAAAUGUUGUGGCUGAUAGACUUCACUGGGUGGUCAUUAAGUAAUUCAGUCCCCACAAAGACUGCUCGAGAAACUGCAAACAUUUUGCAAAACCAUUAUCCUGAGAGGCUUACUGCUGCAUUUUUAUACAAUCCCCCAAGAAUCUUUGAAGCUUUUUGGAAGAUUGUCAAAUAUUUCCUGGACCCAAAAACAUUUCAAAAGGUAAAAUUUGUUUACCCAAAGAAGGAAGAAAGCAUGGAACUCUUUCGUAGGUACUUUGAUGUUGAGAUACUCCCUGUCGAGUUCGGAGGAAAGAGCAAAGUACAAUAUGACCAUGAAGAGUUCUCCAAGUUGAUGUUAAAGGAUGACAUCAAAUCAGCAAGCAUUUGGGGUUUGAUUGAAAAACCAGCCCAGGUCGACAAUGCAACCAAUGGGCACUCAACUUCUGAGGUCGCACCAGAACCAUCGGGUAUUGCUGCACAAGCAAGUUGAGCAAAAGCACCACUAGUAAUUCCCCUGCAGUAUAUAGCUACUUAGCACAAUGCGUAUCAUUUCUCAUUACCAUUAACAGCUUGACGGUAUUCUUCGGGUACCCACUUAUACUAUGGAUCUAGUUCUUUAUGUUUCACUACAAAUUGUGCGAAGAGAUGUUUCUCUUUGCUCGAAAAACUAAUUUACUGCAGACAAACAACAUUUCUAAAGAGUACAUAAUGCAGAGGAACAUGGUUCUGGUGAUUCAGGAAAUUA